AUGAGCGCUGAGUACCCUAACGAGUGGGCUGUCCUUACGGACAAAGGGUACCAGGGGCUGGAGCAGCACGUCAGGUGCAUUCACCCGAAGAAGGUGACCAACUUGUCCCCCACUGUGGUCCAGCAGAACGCAGACGUCUCCAGUGACCGCUUCAUCGUGGAGAACUGGUUCGGUGGCCUAUGCACUAUGUGGCGCAUCUGCGCCGACAAGUACAGGUGGGGGGAGGAUUUGUACGACGACAUCUUUCAGACCUGUGCUGCACUCACCAACUACCUUGUUGGUUUCUAUCCGCUUCGCUCGACCAACGGCGACGAAUACCGCCAGACCCAGAACCGGUUGAUUGCCAUUGGGCGUGAUAUCUAG